AAGAACAAGCAGAACGAAGAUUCAAUCAUACUUUUUAAUUAGAAGUAUAUUUUUGGUACCCAUUUUCAAUGGAGGCCGAACUUAAGAAACCUUUAUUUCGUGAUUUGAAUCCUGAGGAUGAAGAACAAGAAACUACAACCAUAGAAUCUGUUUGCAUGAAUUGUUUUAAAAAUGGGAAAACCAGAUUAUUAUUGACAAAAAUUCCAUUUUAUAAGGAAAUAGUUUUAAUGUCAUUUAAUUGUGAUGAGUGCGGGUAUGAAAAUAAUGAAAUACAAACUGCUUCAGAAAUAUCUCCUAAAGGAUGUAAAAUUGUUUUAAAUGUAAACAAUGCUGCCGAUUUAAACAGAAAAGUUGUUAAAUCUGAUUACUCUGCAGUGAAAGUUCCUGAAGUUAACCUUGAAAUUCCAGCUAAAUCUCAAAAAGGUGAAGUAACAACUGUUGAGGGUAUAAUACAACGCACAAUAACUGGUUUAAGCCAAGAUCAAGAAGCGAGGAGAAAAGAACAUCCUGACACAGCUAAAUCAAUAGAUGAUUAUAUAGAAAAAUUAAGGCAUAUUCUCAAUAUAGAAUUAUUUGGCGGCUUUACCUUGAUAUUGGAAGAUGUUAGUGGAAAUAGUUUUAUUGAAAAUCCGAAUGCACCACAUGUUGAUCAUAACUGUAAAACCACCGAAUUUAUCCGUAAUGAAGAUGAAAAUAAAAUUGUUGGCAUUUAUGAGGAAAGUGUAUCAAAAGAGGAAAACAUUGCUUCUGAAAAAGAAAAUAUCUUGCAACCGAUUCCGGAAGAUUCAUGGCCACUAAAAGAGCUAGAGGGAGAAGUUUUGCAGUUUCCAACUCUUUGUUACAAAUGUCGUUCGCCUUGUGAAACUAACAUGAAAAUGACAAGUAUUCCGCAUUUCAAAGAAGUUGUUAUUAUGGCAACAACAUGCGAAGUGUGUGGCUAUCGUACAAAUGAAAUAAAAUCUGGGGGAGGUAUAUUAGAUAAAGGAACUCGUUUUGAAGUUAACAUCAAAGAUAAAGAAGACUUGAGUCGUGAUAUUCUAAAAUCUGAAACUUGUAGUAUGAGUUUGUUAGAAUUUGAUUGCCAUGUUGGACCUGCAGCGCUAGGUGGUCGUUUUACCACCAUUGAAGGGAUCCUUUGUGGAAUGAAGGAACAAUUGCAAGGCAACACUAUUCCUUUUAGGGAUUCCGCUGAUGAAGAAACAAAGGAAAAAUUGAAUCAGUUUAUUAAAAAUAUAGAUCGUGUUAUAAAUUUAGAUAUUCCCGCAACUUUAAUAUUGGAUGAUCCAGCUGGUAACAGUUACAUCCAAUCACUAGCAGAUGAUAAGCCGGAUGAAAAAUUAAAAAUUCAUCAUUAUGAAAGAUCUUUCGAACAAAAUGAAGAAUUGGGUUUAAAUGACAUGAAAACUGAAGAUUACUAAAAGUUAUCAUAGUUCAAAUACUUAUAGGUACAUAAAAACAUUCGUGUAUAAAAAAUAAUUUAUAGUAUCAAAAAGUGCAAAUAAAUGUAGCGUUUUUAAUUUUUAUUUACCCAAA